CGUUUGUACACACAGUAUACAGUGGACACGCAUUUCCUACGUGGCCCCCAUGUGAUUGGAUGAGACAUCGCAGCAUUACUUUAGUUCCCGCGUAAAAUCGGCUGCCACGGUGUAAUAAAAUUGUCGGGUAAACGCCAAAUUUGUUCUCCUCUCUCUCUAGGAAAAUCCAAUCUCACUCCCCCUCUAUACGAAAAUUACGAAAAUGCCCUUCUCGGACCGCAAACACAGGCGGAGCCAGAAGGCGGCCCCGCUGCUCCCCAAGGACCACGGCGGCGGCGAGUUCGGCAGCGCAUCGUUCGCCGGCGCGGUGUUCAACCUCUCCACCACCAUCGUCGGUGCCGGAAUCAUGGCCCUCCCCGCCACGCUCAAACAACUCGGCGUGAUUCCCGGGCUUAUCACGAUCUUGCUGGCCGGAAUGCUGACGGAGAAAUCAAUAGAGAUGAUCCUCCGGUUCAGCAGGGCUGCAAAGACCAGCUCCUACUCCGGUCUGGCCGGCGAUGCGUUCUCCGGAGCCGGCCGGAAUCUUCUGCAGAUAUGCAUCGUGAUAAAUAACGUCGGGAUGCUUGUGGUUUACAUGAUUAUUAUUGGUGAUGUGCUAUCAGAGACAUGGUCACAAGGGGUGCACCACACGGGUGUAGUGGAAGAAUGGUUCGGUCUUCAUUGGUGGACUACGCGCUCUUCAAUAUUGCUCCUCACUACCAUCUUCGUAUUCGCCCCACUCAUUUCCUUCAAGCGAGUCGAUUCAUUGCGGUACACGUCGGCUUUGUCUGUGGUAUUGGCGGUAGUGUUUGUGGUGAUAAUAGGAGGAAUAGCUAUUGUGAAGAUGAUAAGUGGAAGCAUAGGAAUGCCUCAAUUGAUGCCGAAUCUUGUCGAUCAAGCUUCUUUCUGGAAACUUUUCACUACUGUUCCUAUACUCGUCACCGCCUAUAUUUGUCACCACAAUAUUCACCCAAUCGAAAACGAGCUAGAAGAUCCAUCCAAAAUGAAGUCAAUAGUCCGAACAUCAAUCACUCUAUGCACAUCCGUAUACAUAGCAACGAGCUUCUUCGGUUUUCUCCUGUUCGGUAAUAAAACAAUGGACGACGUCCUUGCCAAUUUCGACGGAGAUCUCGGAAUCCCGUACAGCUCUUUGCUCAACGACAUUGUGAGAGUGAGCUACGCCCUCCAUUUGAUGCUCGUAUUUCCAAUCGUAUUCUACUCGCUCCGACUCAAUGUGGACGGUAUACUUUUCCCGUAUUCCGUUCCUAUCGUGUACGACGAACGGAGAUUCUUUUGGGUGACAUCAUCUCUCAUGGGUUUUAUUUUCUUGGGGGCAAAUUUUGUGCCGAGUAUUUGGGAUGCUUUCCAAUUUACUGGCGCCACUGCAACUGUCUCUGUCGGUUUCAUUUUCCCCGCUGCAAUUGCCCUCAGGGAUACUCGCGGAAUCGGAACAAAAAAUGACAGAAUAGUAUCGUGGAUUAUGUUACUUUUGGCCGUGUCUUCAAGCACUGUCGCCAUUUGCAGUGAUAUUUACGGCAUUUUUAGUGGAACCGAAGAUGCUCAAGCAUAAAAAGAUUAUAUAGGAGUUGAGCAAACGGGUUCUCCUCAGAUUGCGGUAAAUGUGAAUGCGGCUCGAUUUUCUAAUUCUUAGCAAGUUCUAUUUCAAACUCACAAAGAUGGUUCGGUUCGUACAGAUUUGAUGCUAUUUUUUGUAUUAUUUUACUAAAUUAUCUGAAUUUGUAUUCUAAAGAGUUGUUUGGGUUACAGGUAAAGAUUCUGAUAGAGUAAAACUAAUUAUAGGUAGGUUGUAACUUCUGUAGAUGCAUUUUUCUUUGUAAAAAAUUGUGUCAUAUAUGCAAGUUCUUGUUCUGAUUGGAUGAAAUAUCAGAAUUA